AAGGGAAAUAUUUGACUACACAAGCUUUUCAGGUUUGCGUUCAUGGCGUCUCACAAUCUCAAUAAGCAACUCAAAGAACAAUUCGUCAGCAAUUUGACCGGAUCUUCUUUUACCAAAACCUUUGUGCUUCUAGCUAUUGUACCUACUUCAAUACUUCUGCGGCAGUCCUUCAACUCCUAUCACUCAAUUGAUGAGACGUCAUUGAAGAAGAAUGAUAAUUUAGUUUUAGCUUCCAAGAAUUUUUGGGCUUACAUUGCUACUAUUGUUGUGGAUUUUUUCUUCAUUGUCUUUCCCAUGCUUUUAUUUUUCACCGUUCUAUCAGAAUGGGCCUAUCUUGGAUGGUUUUUGUUGUUGCUAGUGUUCUUUUCGCUAACAGGAAAAAGAUUUGUUAUUUCUCCUAAUGUGGAAGAAGGUGCUCAUUCUCUUAGGCCUGUUAUAUCAUCAUACAGAGUUUGCACGAUGUUUAUGACAUGCUUGUGUAUCUUGGCCGUCGAUUUCAGAAUAUUUCCCAGAGAAAAUGCUAAGACUGAGACUUAUGGUACUGGUCUGAUGGAUCUUGGGGUUGGCUCCUUUGUAGUAGCAAAUGCAAUAGUUUCGCGGCAAGCACGAAAUGUCUUAUCAAUAAAUUGGAAAACUGCACUUAAAACGACUAGUCCACUGAUAUUGCUAGGCUUUGUUCGGCUUGUUUCUACAACGGGCGUGGACUAUCAGGUUCAUGUUGCGGAAUAUGGAGUGCACUGGAAUUUCUUUUUCACACUUGCUGGUGUAUCAAUUCUUACAUCUAUAGUAAAUGUUCCUCCUAAGUACUGUGGAAUUCUUGGUUCUGUGGUUCUAAUAGGAUACCAGAGUUGGUUGAAUCAUGGAUUAAAUGUGUAUCUGCUUUCUAAUGAAAGGGGAAGAGAUAUCAUAAGCCAAAACAAGGAAGGGAUUUUUAGCCUAUUCGGAUAUUGGGGCCUCUAUCUUGUUGCCGUCCACUUGGGCCACUAUCUUUUUUUUGGGAAAGGUUCUCAUUCCACGCUAAGAAGCAAUAAUGUGACGUUCAUUAAAGUCUGGCUUGUUGCUCUUCUGUUGUGGAUAUUGACUUUGCUUGUGGACAGGCACAUUGAAAGAGUUUCACGCAGAAUGUGCAACCUGGCCUAUGUUACCUGGGUGUUGUCUCUGAAUUUACAGCUUUUAGGAGGCUUCAUGUUAUCUCAGUACUUCCCUGUAUGCAGAAUUACAGCACUUGAAGAAGCAUUUAACCGCAAUUUACUGGCUUCUUUUCUUCUGGCCAAUCUGUUCACGGGGCUGGUAAACAUGUCAGUAGAUACGCUGUCUGCCUCAUCGAUCUCAGCUCUUUUAAUCUUGUUUAUGUACUCAUUUACCCUGUCUAUGAUCAUUGCGAUUGCAGAUUUUUGUGGCAUGAGGUUAAAAUUUUGGUAGGCUUCCACAGGUCCAUUAGAUACUGUUUUGUAAGAUGAAGAUCCAUAGUUUAUACGUUACAAGAAUCUCUUUAAGCAAAAUUGUCAAUCUAAACUUUACAUCUUUGGCUAGAAAUUGCCAAACUUUAUCAGCCUCGGAAUGUUUUAUAAAAUUUAACCUAGAUUUCAUGCA